AUGCGCCCAAAGCUGGUUGAAUUGACGAACGAGAAGCUUGAGCUUAGCGAAAGGAUCGAGGGUCUCGAGAAACAGCUGAGAGCACGUGACUCGACCAUCGAAGGGCUCGAGGUCUCUUCAGAGCAGUUGCGUCAAGAAAAGGAAGAAAUUGACCGAAACCUCAAGAAUCUAGAAGCGACGCUAUCAAAAGAACAAUCAUCGAGGCAGGAAACCUUUUCUGAGUUGCAGGAAGCCUACAGCAAUCUUCAGGCUGAGCUCGAUGCGACUCGUCAGGAGCUACAGAAUCUUCAAUCUUCCAAGGCUGCUCUUGUUCGGACUACAGCCGAACAGAAGGAGGAGCUCUUCCGCGUCACGGCAGCAUCACAAGCGAAGGAUGAGCAGUUGUUAUCUUUGCAGCGAGAGCUCGAAGAACGGACGGAAGCUCAAGCAGAAGAUCAAGAUUUCUUGGAACACGCUCGCACUGAAUUGGAGAAUUUGCGACGGGAAGUG